AUGGAAGCAGGGAACCUUACUAGUGUGACUGAGUUUGUCCUCUUGGGACUCUCACAGGCUCAGGAGCUGCAGGGUUUUCUAUUCCUUGUGUUCCUGAUUGUCUACAUAACAACUGUUAUGGGAAACCUCCUCAUUAUAACUAUAGUAACCUCUGAUAUUCGGCUCCACACUCCCAUGUAUUUCCUUCUUCAUAACCUGGCUGUUACAGAUCUCUGCUACUCCUCAGUCACUGCCCCCAAGAUGCUGGUUGACUUCCUGUCUGAGGCCAAAACCAUCUCCUACAAGGGCUGCAUGAUCCAGAUCUUCUUCUUCCAUCUCUUGGGUGGUGGUACAGUCUUCUUCCUUUCAGUGAUGGCAUUUGACCGCUAUAUUGCCAUCUCCCGGCCCCUCCAUUAUUUCACCAUCAUGAACUCUCAGAUGUGUUUUGGGCUAGUGGCGGCUGCCUGGGCAGGAGGCUUUGUCCACUCCAUUGUCCAGCUUGUUCUCCUGCUGCCCUUGCCUUUCUGUGGCCCCAACAUCCUGGAUAACUUUUAUUGUGAUGUCCCCCAAGUUUUGAGACUUGCCUGUACAGAUACCUCUUUAUUGGAGCUCCUCAUGAUUACCAACAGUGGGAUGUUAGUUCUUAUUUGGUUCCUCAUCCUUCUGGCUUCCUACACAGUCAUCUUGGUGAUGCUGAGAUUUCACUCAAGGGAGGCAAGGCGCAAAGCCUCUUCCACUUGUACCACCCACAUCAUUGUGGUAUCCUUGAUAUUUGUGCCAUGCAUCUACAUCUAUGCCCGUCCCUUCACCUCCUUCCCUAUGGACAAGGCUGUCUCCAUCAGCUACACAGUCAUCACUCCCAUGCUUAACCCCAUGAUUUAUACCCUUAGGAAUCAGGAGAUGAGAUCUGCCAUUAAGAGAUUGUGGAGAAGGCAAGAGAUCCUGAAGGCCUGUCAAAGGGCAGAGGUUUCCUAG